GAAACAUUAUUAUUAUUGAUCUUCAAACCGAAAAGCAAUUUCUUUUUAUUGGUCAUCGUUGGAUUGCUGUUGAUCGUGGCUCGUGUAGUUUAGAUUGUGUUAUACCAGUAGCAUCACCUGAAGAAACUUCAAAUUUUAAUUAUGUUUUCACAACUAAAGCAGUUCAUGAACUUUCUGAUUCUCAUCUAUGGUUUUCAAUAUUUGCUCGCUCACCCAAAAGUACUUUUACGCGGUGCCAAAGGUUAUCUGUAUCAGUUUCUUUGUUAAUGACUUCCUUGAUGGCAAGUGCAUGGUUUUAUAAGGGUGCUCCAUCAGCAACUGCAGCCAUUGAAAAUAAAAUUGGCAGUUUCUCAAUCACAUGGCAACAGGUUUAUGUGGCAUUAAUUAGUAUCUGUAUUACGUUACCUAUAAAUCUUAUAUUUGUUGGACUCUUUCGGUCAAUAAAACCAAUUGAAAAUAUAAUUAAAAAAAGUUCAAAUGAAGUCUUAUAUCGUAAUGAGAGUAAUGAUAUUCCAGAAGGAUCAUCUUCUUCUUCAUCUUCUUCUUUACAUUUAAUCAAAAAAGUUUGUUUUGCAGAUUCAAAUGAAAAAAUAGUAAGUAUCAGUAUUGAACAAAAUAAACCAUGUGUAGUAAAGACAAGGAAAGAGUUUUAUCUACCACACUGGUGUUUGUACAUAGCAUGGACUGUAUGUGUUGCUAGUAUUUUUGGUUGUGGUGUUGUAGUUUUGUUAAUUGGAAUUGGUUUUGGUAAUAAUAAAUCCUUAAAUUGGUUAUCAAGUGUACUUAUAGGAUUUAUCCAAAAUAUAUUAUUUAUUCAACCAAUAAAAAUUUUCUUUUUGUCAAUUUUUGUGGCUCUUGUUGCAAAAAACAUUGAUGAAGAAACAUGUGAAUUGGAAAAACAAGGUAAAAUGCUAGCUCAUGAUGAAAGUUGGCUCUACAGACCAAAAGAUGAAUCAACAGUUUUUGAAAGAAUUGAUAUUGAUUUACAACCUCCUGAUUCUUCUUUAAUAGCAAAAAUGAGAGAGAAAGGAUUUAAGAAUAUGAAGAUGUAUGCAAUAACACAAGAACUUGUUUUGUAUACUUUUUAUGCCAUUUUGGUGUUUUUUAUUGGCUAUAUGACACGUGAGAAUGUUGCUUUUUACCAAACUCGUAAUGUGGAAGAGCUUUUCAACUUGCAUUUAAGGCCAGGUGUAUCAUAUCCAGAUGGUACAGUUUUUAACCAGAUCCAAUCUUCACAAGAUUUUUGGCCAUGGAUGGAGGAGUUUUUUUUGCCACAAGUUUACCCUGAACCAUGGUAUAACUUGAGUGCUUUCUACUCAAACACAAAUAAACAAAAUUUUCCUGGAAAACUGUUUUUAAAUGAUCUUACCUCAAAGAUUGUGAAUGGAAUACGAAUUCGUCAAAUUCGUGUGCAGCCAAAUUCCUGCAUCAAAGCUGUACCAAUGUCUGAUUAUAUAAAACUGAGCUGUUUAUCUCCAUAUAAUCCCACAGUUGAAGAAACUCGUGAUUUUUAUUUUAAUUGGUCACUUCCAAUCAAAUAUAAAUCGGCUAUCAAUCCAUUAACAAUGCCAUGGAGGUAUCAAACUUGGCAAGAUCUUGAUGGUUAUCCAUAUGGUGCUAAUUUAGAUACUUACUAUGGCGGAGGUUAUGUUAUAGAAAUUUUUCCUAAAUGGAAGAACCAGGAUAUAAUAAAUCAAGCAAAAGAUUUCAAAUGGAUCGACAGGCAAACACGAGCUGUAAUAAUUGAGUUUGCUCUAUUUAAUGCUGCUACUAAUUAUUUUAACAUGGUUACCAUGGUUCUGGAGUUCCCUGCAUCUGGCGGAGCUAUUCCUAAUUUCUCAGUACUUACUUUUAAGUUGUAUACUUCAACCAAAGGAACUGGUGUUGCUAUUUUGGGUUCACAAGUAUUGUUUAUUUUUGUAAUGUUUGUGUUUGCUAUUCGUGAGUAUCGUUUUUUAUAUAGAACAGGAUGGAAGUAUUUUUAUGAAUUUUGGAACUUGGUGGAGUUUGCAUUAAUUCUAUUAUCAGUUUUAGCAGUUGUUUUUUUCUUUUUUAAAGAUCAUCUGGCCAAGGUGUUAUUAGAACGAAUGCCUGCUAAGAAACCACAGUCAUUUAUCAACUUUCAGUUUGCUUCUUACUGGGAUUUAACAUAUGUAUACAUUGUAUCACUUAUUGUUUUUUUUGUGACUUUAAAGUUUAUUAAACUUUUACGAUUCAACUGUCGUGUUUCAAUGUUAUCGUCGACUUUAAAAGCUGCGUGGUAUCCUUUAUCGAUGUUUGGAAUCUUAUUUUUCAUCAUUCUGUGUUCAGUUAUAUCUUCUUCUAACAUUGUAUUUGGUAUUUUACUGGAUGGGUAUCAAACCUACUUUAAAACAGUUGCAUCUAUUAUUUCAUUAUUGUUAGGAAAAUUUAGUUACAGUCAAUUUGAAAAUGCUAACGCUGUUCUUGGUCCAGUAUUCUUUUUUGGUUUCAAUGUCAUGGUUAAUUGGAUCAUUAUGAAUAUGUUUAUAUCUAUUCUAAACGAUGUUUUUGCAGUAGUUCGUUCAAAUCUUGAAUACCAAAAUAAUGAUUAUGAGAUGGUGGAUUUUAUAAUAGAGCAUUUCAAAGAUUGGCUUGGAUGGCGUUCUUUGAAGCAAACAGAGUUGAAUAAUGAAAGUAUAGUUUCCAAGUUUGAAGUCGAUAAUCUUUUGUCAGUACCUUCUUUACGGAAGUCGAAGUUAAACGAGAAACUGUUUGAAGCUGAAUUCGAAGAAGUCGAAAAUGAAAUGUUUUACGAUAUCGAUUCGACCAAUACACUGCUUGAUGAGAAACUUUCAAAGUACGAUUAUUUGCUGAGUGAAGAUGAAUUCGAUGUUGAAAUUGAGAAAACGAUUAACAAGUUUAUAAAUUGUACGAACCAUCUUUAUUUUGAUGAUGCGACAGUAGUUAAAGAAAUAAUUGAAAUAGUUAAAAUGGAAACUGAAAAAUAGUGAGUAUUCAAGAUGUGUUCGUGUAUUUUAAAGCACCGAAUGUUAAAAUUAUAUUUAUGAAUAAAUAUCAAUAAUUAAA